AUGCUGCCCACGCCCUUCUCGGUGAGGCACAUCCUCAGCCUGGAGGCUCCCGGGGGUCCCCGAGCCGCCCCCCCGGCCCGAGCCGCCCGCAGCCCCGCCGGGCAGGACGAGCCGCCGGCAGGAAAACCUCUGCUCGCCCGGAGCUUUGAGGCCGAGGCGAAGCCGGGGGAGCCCGGCCGGGCUCCGGGGCCGCGGCGGCGGCCGCGCGUUCUGUUCUCGCAGGCUCAGCUGCUGGAGCUGGAGCGGCGCUUCCAGCGGCAGAAAUACCUGUCGGGGCCCGAGCGGGAGCAGCUGGCGGGGCUCCUGCAGCUCAGCCCCACGCAGGUGAAGAUCUGGUUCCAGAACCGGCGCUACAAGAGCAAGAGGCAGCGGUGGGAUUUUCAGCGGCAGCACAAACCUCUGUGGCCACCAACACUGAAAUAA